CUUUUUUUCUUGUUUGAGGUAAAGCCCUGUGUUACUCUGACACCUAACCUGCCCUCCAGGUAUUUUCCCCUCUCCCUACUAAUUGCAGGCAAAUACCCUAGUCCUCCCUCAGGCAGACUGUCUUAAUAUGCCUAUUGUGUUGGCUCCUUUAGCUGUGUGAUGUGAGGCUUCCACCUAAGGGCGCUGUCUAGUCUGCUACCAACUUAACAGAGAAGGGUUGAGAGUUAGGGGUCUUUGAACUCUUUCAAGGUUUGCAGAAUCUCUCAUCUGUUAUGUAUUUUGAGACCUCAUCACUUGCAUUAGGCUUCCUAGGGGGUUCUUGACACCACAAUAAACAGUAUAUCUUUAAGGGAUAGGGCCCUCAUCCCAACAUGACCGCUUAUUAUAGUAAGUCUCUCACAGGUCCGUUUAAUCACCAAGCCUUUGAUUCAGGACUCAAACCUAUCAGCUGCCUCUGUCUAUAAUUGAGGCCUAGAGGUCACUUACAAUCUCUGGAGUCUGUGUUACCUGAGGCAAGGUAGAUAUAGCCUCUCCUAUUUUCAGUGUUUUUGUAGGCUAAGUGUGGAUAAUAAUUCCAGUAGUACCUGUUUCAUCAGGUUUUGUAAGGUUUAAAUGAGAUAGUCUUUUAAAAUGCUUAACACAGUUUAUGGCACAUAAUAAAUCCUAAAUAUUUAUUCUGCUGAUGAGCUCCCAUAUAACAGAGGUUUGGCUUUUUCAAAGAUCUUUAGUAGACAAGGUCUUAAGAUCCCAUCUUUGGCUUAAAAGUAGGAUGCUUCUUUACUGAGUCACCUGUAUGUGAACCAAUGAGCAAACUAAGAAAGACAGCUAUGGAAGGUAUGAAGUGGAUUUAGAUAAGUCUCUGAUAGAUGGCAAAAGGACCCUCAUUACUAUCGUGAUAAUUUUUUUAACUUAUCGGGUGACUCAUUCAACAGGCAUUUACUGAGCACACACUCUAAGACUGGACAUAAGGGAUAUGCUAAUUUUCAAGUGAAGAAAAUAAGUUUUAAUUACCUUCCUUACAGAACACUCAUAGGGAGCAUAGAAACUGAACAGAUUCCUUGAAGGAAUAUUAUGAAGAAAAGAACAAAAAUUGUCAUGGAAAAAUUCCGCUCAGAUCCAGUAAAGGUCCAGCAGCUGGACAUGGAGGACGACCGCUCGUCACCUCUGUCAUUCUCCAGAGUUCCACACGAAGAGUCUGUGCAUCAGGCCCCUGCCCGGCUCCCUAGAGAAACUGUGUUCUCGUCUUGCAUCCUUCCCCCCAAAGAAAUUCCUCCUUUGUCUCCCACUGCUCCCCGGCAAGCUGCCCUGCCCCAGACUGACAGUCCUCCUAAGCAAGAGACAUCCGGCCAGAUGUCACAUGUUCUCCAGAAAGGAUCUUCACUCCUGUGUCCUGCCACUUCUGAGCAAGACACACCUCACCAGGUAUCCCUGGCUUCCCAGGAAGAAACUCACUCCCCUCCCUCAGCUGCUGGUCAAGGGAUCCCCUUCCUCUCCCACUCCACCCACCAUCAGGACGCUCCACUCCACUCUCCUGAAGCUCCUGAGAAAGACUCACUGACUCUGUCACCCACAGUUCCCGAGACCGACAUGGACCCCUUGCUCCAGAGUCCCACUUUACAAAAGGACACUCCCUUCCAUACCUCUUCUGCAGCCCAGAAGGAACAGCCACUGCCCACCGCAGAGAUCACUCGCUUGGCCGUGUGGGCUGCGGUACAAGCAGUGGAGAGGAAACUGGAGGCCCAGGCCAUGCGACUACUGACUCUGGAGAGCAGGACAGGGACAAAUGAGAAGAAGAUAGCGGACUGUGAGAGAACGGCUGUGGAGUUUGCAAAUCAUCUGGAGAGCAAGUGGGUUGUACUGGGGACCCUGCUGCAGGAGUAUGGGCUGCUGCAGCGGCGCCUGGAGAACAUGGAGAAUCUGCUAAAAAACAGAAAUUUCUGGAUCCUGCGGCUACCCCCAGGCAGCAACGGAGAAGUUCCCAAGGUUCCUGUCACAUUUGAUGAUGUCGCCGUCCAUUUCUCUGAGCAGGAAUGGGGAAAUCUCUCUGAGUGGCAAAAGGAGCUCUACAAGAAUGUAAUGAGGGGCAACUAUGAGUCUCUGGUCUCUAUGGACUAUGCAAUAUCCAAACCAGACCUGAUGUCACAGAUGGAGCGUGGCGAGAGGCCAGCCAUGCAGGAGCAAGAGGACUCUGAGGAGGGCGAGACGCCCACGGAUCCCAGUGCUGCACAUGAUGGCAUCGUGAUUAAGAUCGAGGUGCAGACCAACGAUGAGGGCUCAGAAGGUCUGGAGACACCAGAGCCGCUGAUGGGACAAGUGGAGGAACACGGCUUUCAGGACUCAGAGCUGGGUGACCCCUGUGGAGAGCAGCCAGACCUGGACAUGCAGGACCAAGAGAACGUGCUAGAGGAGUCCACUGAAGGCUCCAGUGAGUUCAGUGAGCUCAAGCAGAUGCUGGUGCAGCAGAGAAACUGCACGGCAGAGGGGAUCGUGAUAAAGACAGAGGAGCAGGAAGAGGAUGAGGAAGAGGAAGAGGAGGACGAGCUGCCACAGCACUUGCAAUCCCUUGGGCAGCUGUCUGGGAGGUACGAGGCCAGUAUGUACCAGACUCCCCUCCCUGGGGAGAUGUCCCCCGAGGGCGAGGAAAGCCCCCCACCCCUGCAAUUAGGCAACCCAGCAGUGAAGAGGCUGGCACCCAGCAUUCAUGGGCAUACACAUGGGCAUGGGCAUGGUGAGCGGCAUCUGGGUGAGAACCGUGGGAACUCCAGCCAGCAGCAGCGAAACCGGCGUGGUGAGCGGCCCUUCACUUGCAUGGAGUGUGGCAAAAGCUUUCGGCUGAAGAUUAACCUCAUCAUCCACCAGCGUAACCACAUUAAGGAGGGGCCCUAUGAGUGUGCCGAGUGUGAGAUCAGCUUCCGCCACAAGCAGCAACUCACGCUGCACCAGCGCAUCCACCGAGUACGCAGCGGCUACGCCUCCCCUGAGCGCGGAUCAGCCUUCAAUCCCAAGCACUCGCUCAAGCCGCGUCCCAAAUCGCCUAGCUCAGGCAGUGGUGGAGGCCCCAAGCCCUACAAGUGCCCAGAGUGUGACAGCAGCUUCAGCCACAAGUCAAGCCUGACCAAGCAUCAGAUCACACACACGGGCGAGAGGCCCUACACAUGCCCAGAAUGCAAGAAGAGCUUCCGUUUGCAUAUCAGCCUGGUGAUCCACCAGCGCGUGCAUGCUGGCAAGCACGAAGUCUCCUUCAUUUGCAGCCUGUGCGGCAAGAGCUUCAGCCGCCCGUCGCAUCUGCUGCGCCACCAGCGGACUCAUACCGGUGAACGGCCCUUCAAGUGCCCGGAGUGUGAGAAGAGCUUCAGUGAGAAAUCUAAGCUCACUAACCACUGCCGCGUGCACUCGCGCGAACGGCCGCACGCCUGCCCUGAGUGCGGCAAGAGCUUCAUCCGCAAGCACCACCUGCUGGAGCACCGGCGCAUCCAUACGGGUGAGCGGCCCUACCACUGCGCUGAGUGUGGCAAGCGCUUCACGCAGAAGCACCACCUGCUGGAGCACCAGCGAGCGCACACGGGCGAGCGGCCCUACCCCUGCACGCACUGCGCUAAGUGCUUCCGCUACAAACAGUCCCUCAAGUACCACCUGCGGACCCACACGGGCGAGUGAGCAUGCGCCCCGCCCCUGCCCCGGCCAGAUGCGCAGCCAGGUGCAAGGGUCUAAGGCCCCUGGGACAGGUACCUCGGCUGCCCCCAGACUGAGCUCAGUGGGCGGGAGCGGGGCGCCCCAAGCCCUUCUGCUGUGAACCCUUCUCCUCUCCCGUCCCUUCUCCCCAGGACGGGGUAGUGAAACCAGGUCGCUUGUUGCCUGCUUCCCCAGGGCCCCUGGGGGGAGCGCUUGGGCCUGGGGAACCCCUUCAGGCUGUUAAUUUCCUUGACAAUAAAAUGGAUGAAAACAAUCUGCACGGGGGCAGUGAUUUGGCUGCCAGCCACUCGCAGGCGCGAUGCAGGGCCAUUUAGUCGGGAAUAGAACUUUCUAAUUACCUUUUGGAUACUGUGGUUCUAUUUGAUAAUAAUAGAGUAAUUUUUAAAA